UUCUUUUAUGUUUUUGGAUACAAAUCGCUACUCUGUGUUUCUCUUUGGCGGAACCCUACCUCUGCUCCUUCCAUCUCUGUGUCUCUGUUCUUACGUUUAUCUUUCUAGAGUUUUUCUUUCUUCUUUGUUCUAACUGAAAAAAAUAUUUAAAAGAAUGUCAAGUGCCUUAGAGAUGUCUCUAGAAGACCUCAUCAAGCGUAACCGUAAGUCCGGAUCUGGUAAUCCCCGCGGUCGAGGCCGUGGAUCUGGAGCUGGACCCGUCCGUCGCUUUUCUAACCGAGGAGCUAACCGCUCGGCACCGUAUCCCACCUCUAUGGCGACGGAUUCGUCGUGGCAGCAUGAUAUGUAUACUGACAAGGGAGCGGCGUUCCAAGGACAAGCCGGUCGGGCCUCCGCAAUAGAAACUGGAACGAAGCUCUACAUCUCUAAUUUAGAUUUUGGAGUUUCUAACGACGACAUCAAAGAGUUAUUUUCUGAGGUUGGUGACCUGAAACGCUAUGCAAUUCAUUAUGACUGGACCGGUAGAUCGAAGGGAACAGCAGAAGUUGUCUUCUCACGGAAAGCUGAUGCUUUGGCUGCGGUCAAGAGAUACAACAAUGUUCAGCUUGAUGGGAAGCCAAUGAAAAUUGAGAUCGUGGGGACAAACAUUGCCCCCCCUGCUGCACCUGUAGCUGUUAAUUUUGCUUUUGGAAGUUCAAAUGGAGCCCCUAGGGGUGGCCGUGGCAGGGGUGGAGGAUUUCGUAGGCAACGUGGUGCUGGUGGAGGCCGUGGCUUUGGAAGAGGCCGUGGACGUGGAAGGGGCCGUGGAGAAAAGGUUUCUGCUGAAGAUCUUGAUGCUGAUCUAGAGAAGUAUCAUACUGAAGCAAUGCAGACAAAUUGAAGCAAUGAUCAUCUUUUGGUUGGCUUCAAGUCUUUCCUACUAUGGACAUUAUGUGCUUGAUGCUAAACUAUUUCCUAUAUCUCUACCAAAAGAACUCUUUAGAGGAACUAGUCAUGGAGAGAACUAUUAGUAUCUUGAGUUUUAUGAAGUUUGGGCUUUUACUGUUGAUUGUUCCUUUGACUUGGGUAUAAAGAAUGUGGAUUAGUGGAAAGCUAUCAUUCUGUAAUCUGCAAUUAUGACAUUGACUCAUCCCACAAGUCAGGAAUGAAAGAACUUUUUCUCUCGGUUUUCCAUAUGCAAAGGAAAAUUUGGCUGCAUCCUGUGGAAGGAGUAAUCUCGCCGUUGCCCAAAGCUUGCAUUGUCUUUUGGUUGCUCCUGCAUUUUGGGACGAGGUAGACUGCAAUCAAGGUAGAUUCCUUUUA